GCGCGCCCGAGGGAGCGUCGGGAGCGCGCCCGGGCGCCCCCCCUUCCCCCCCCCUCCGCCGGGUUCUCCCCCCCCCCCUCCUCCGCCCUCCGCCCCCCCUUCCCCUUCCCCUCCCCACCCGGGAGGAGAGGCACGGAGUGACCGACGGAGCCACCGCUCCGGCCGCUCCGACACCCCGCUCUCCUCCAUGGGGCACAGGUAAGCGCGCCGCCCCCCGCCCCCCGGGGCGAGCGGGGGUCGCCAUGGCCGCCCCCCCACCCCUCGAGGGGCGGCGGGGAGCCCCCCCCGCCGCUCCCGCACCGCCGCCCCGGUGUUAUCCCCGUUAUUAUCUCCCUUAUUAUGCCCGUUUUGAUCCCUAUGCCCGCUUUUAUCCCCGUUUUUAUCCCCGUUAUUCCCCCCACUGGCCGCCCGCCGCGGGGGGAGCGCGGCCGGUCGCGCCCUGCCCGCCGAGGGGGGCACGGAGCCUUCUUUGGGACGCGAUGUCCUAUUUGGUGUGGGUGGAUGGCUUAACUUGCUCAAGGGAGAGGAGAAGAGACAAGGGGGCAUUUUAACAGCAGCUCCACUUGCGGAUAGCCAGCCUCAAUCCCGGCUCCAGCAUUAAAACCCUUUCCGCCCCCUAAAAACCAGCAUCCGUGCAAGUUGGACCAAGAGUUUGUCAGGAGUGUGGUUCAAAACUGCUUGGAAAAAGGGAUGAGGACAUCUUAUGAACCUUCUGGAGCUUCUCAGCAGAGACCAUUCUCCUCUCUUCAUUGAAACAUGCACUGUCCAGCUGUGAAACAUUGCAAGGUUUAUUUUUGCUGACAGGAAACACUUUCAAGUAUCGUUCUGUCUUUCUCCUACAAGAGUUCACACCAGCGCUGUCAGAAGGUCACAAACAGGGCACUACCUGUGCUGCCCUGGGGCUGUUGAUGUCCUCAGCUGUUGUAGGAGAAACACUAGACCUGGAACCCAGUUUGUUACUGGACUUGUGGAAGAGGAAACAUAAAGAUCUCCAAAUGAAUAACCGAAAGGAAGAUAUGGAAAUUGCUUCCCACUACCGUCACCUGCUGCGGGAGCUGAACGAGCAGAGGCAGCAUGGGAUCCUCUGCGACGUCUGCAUCAUCGUGGAGGGCAAGAUCUUCAAGGCUCACAAAAACGUCCUCCUGGGCAGCAGCCGCUACUUCAAAACCCUCUACUGCCAGGUCCAGAAAACCUCAGACCAAGCCACAGUCACCCACCUGGACAUUGUCACCGCCCAGGGCUUUAAGGCAAUCAUUGACUUCAUGUACUCGGCGCACCUGGCGCUGACCAGCAGGAACGUCAUCGAGGUGAUGUCGGCCGCCAGCUACCUGCAGAUGACAGACAUCGUGCAGGCCUGUCACAACUUCAUCAAAGCAGCUCUGGACAUAAGCAUCAAGUCUGAUGCCUCGGAGGACCUCGUUGAUUAUGAGCUGGGAGCCCCUUCCAGCAGCAGCACGGACGCUCUGAUCUCAGCAGUGGUGGCUGGCAGGAGUAUAUCCCCCUGGCUGGCUCGGAGAACCAGCCCAGCAAACUCCUCUGGGGACUCAGCCAUUGCCAGCUGCCACGAGGGAGGGAGCAGUUAUGGGAAAGAGGAUCAAGAACCAAAACCAGACAGCCACGAAGACAUUUCAUCCCAGUCUCUCUGGGCUAGUGACAUGGGCUAUGGGUCUUUGCGUAUCAAAGAGGAGCAGGUGUCCCCGUCCCACUACGGAGGGGGUGAGCUGCACUCUGCCAAGGAUAGUGCAAUACAGAGUGGGUUCUCAGAGCAAGGAGGGGGGGAUGGCUGGCAGCCCACGGGCCGCAGGAAGAACAGGAAAAACAAAGAAACUGUCAGACAUAUAACACAGCAAGUGGAGGAUGACAGCAGGGCAAAUUCUCCUGUGCUGCCCCUUUUACCUGCCUCAGGAUGGCCGUACAGCAGUCGAGACCCAAGCGCCGAUGCGGCCGGGACGGAGCCCAGCAGCUCGGACAGCCGGGUGGAGCGGCCGGAGCCCUACAGCAACGUGGAGGAGGCGCUGCUGGCGGGGGAGUCCAGCUACAUCCAGCAGCCCCUGACUCCGGACAAGGAGGAUGCGCUGCAGGCAGCCACUGUCGCCAACCUGCGUGCGGCUCUGAUGAGCAAGAACAGUUUGCUGUCGCUGAAAGCCGACAUGCUGAGCGAGGACAGCUCGCUGCUCUUCGAGUACCUCCCCAAAGGCACCCACUCGCUCUCCCGGCCUGGCACCAGCUCGAAUCCCUCAAGGGGUGAAAGUGAUGGCAAAGUGGAAGCACCAUCUCCCCCGCUGCCUUCAGCACACCUUGCCACUCAGAGCCCCACCAGGAUCUGCUCUUCUGGUGAAAUGUCACCAGAAACUGGGAUAAAAGGAGAGGUGCCUUCCUCAACCCAGGCAGCCUUUGAUAGAUUGCUGGCACUUUGGCAGUUUGAUAACUCUGACUCAGAUUCCAGUUUCCCAAGAUCUGAAGACACAGACAUCACCUCUGAUGGGACCUUCCUGGACUCAGCCCUGGCCACGAGGCUGACCUGUGGCUUCUGCAGGAGGGUGUUCCAGCGUGCUGAGGAGCUGCAGGAGCACAUCCACAAGCACACCCUCUCCAUGCUGCUCCCGCUCGACUGCUCCCAGCCCGGCCUCACCAGCGGCCAGCUCGGCCGCUUCCAGUGCUCCAAGUGCCCCGCCAGCUUCACCCUGAAAUCCAACAUGGAGCGGCACGAGAAGACCAUCCACUGCCACUGUAAGAAGAUGCAGUGUCCUCACUGUGCCAAGCUGUUUCGGGACAAGACAGACUUAAAGCGGCACCUUCUGUCCAUGCACUCGAGCGAGCGCGCCUCGGUCUGUCUCUGCUGUGGGAAGGGCUUCGGAGCCCAGAAGAGCCUCAGUAGCCACCUGAAAAUGUGUUCCCUGGGCUCUGCCCACCUGGCUGGGCUGGAGCUUAUGGACAGUGUAGGGCCAAGCCAGGAUCCUGAGCAUGCAUAGCUGCUGCUGUUGUUGUAUACAAGAUGCUUCCUCGAACUAGGAAAAGCAAAUCGUGCCAUGGUUCUUGUGCUGCAAAUAAAUGUUCACAGGUGUAAUUUCAUAGAGUGAUUCCCCAAAGGUGAUCAGUUGGUGCUGUGCUGGUUCCAGAUGCUGUGUCACUGCAGCCUUGUGGCAAUUUUUGUGCAAAGAUAACUUUUUUUGGGUCCAUAAAACGGGCACUUCGACUGUUUUAUUGGAGUGCUCAUUCUAUGUUCUGACACUGCCUUGAACUGCUUUAUCAGUUGAUCUCAAAGUGCUUUAUAAAAGAAAUGGGGAUGUUUUCCUCCAAUUCCUCUGGAAAAUAACAUCCCUCAGGUUGUUGAAAGUGCUAGCAAUAGAAUUAAUAAUAGAAUUCAAUUCUGAGUUCUGCUCUAGUGCUCUG